GCCCAGCUUGAGUCGUUCUCUGCCGCUCCGACGAAGUCAGCCCAGGGGUCUCCAGCAGGAUCAGGCCGGAAGAUGUCUGAAGGAUUUUCGCUAUCAGAUGCCCUGUCAGGAUCCAACAAUCCUAAUCCAAAUAUGCAAACGAAUCCUUGGGGCAAUCAGCCUGGUGGCUUCUCAGGUUAUCCCGGAGCACCAGGAGCAUUUCCUGGAGCACCAGGAGCAUUUCCUGGAGCACCAGGUGGAUAUCCCGGCGCCCCAGGCGCAUAUCCUGGCGCCCCAGGCGCAUAUCCCGGAGCACCAGGCGCAUUUCCCGGAGCACCAGGCGCAUUUCCCGGAGCACCAGGCGCAUUUCCCGGAGCACCAGGCGCAUUUCCCGGCGCCCCAGGAGCACUUCCCGGCACACCAGGAGCACUUCCCGGCGCCCCAGGCACAUAUCCCGGAGCACCAGGCACAUGCCCAGGAGGAAUAGCAGCACCUGGAGCAUACUUUGGAGGCCCAUCAGGGCCUGGCGCAUUUUCAAACAUACCAGGGUCCUCAGGAAUGUAUCCUGCUCCUGGGCAGCCCCCAAGUGACAGAGGAGCACAACCAACUGCACCACAGGGUGGACCUGGAGGAUUUUCUGGUGCACUGAAAGUCCCUUUUGACCUACCCCUUUCUUCAGGACUUGUGCCUCGUUUGUUAAUAACUGUGACUGGGACAGUGAAUCCAAGUCCGAACAGAUUUCAACUAGAUUUCAAGAAAGGCGAUGACGUUGCUUUCCACUUUAACCCUCGCUUCAAUGAGAGCAACAGGAAGGUGAUUGUAUGCAACAGCAAGAUUCACAAUGUCUGGGGGACGGAAGACCGGACGGCACCCAGGUUUCCUUUUGAGGCUGGCAAACCUUUUAAGAUUCAGAUUCUCUGUGAAGCAGAUCAACUGAAGGUUGCUGUUGAUGACGCUCAUCUCAUGCAGUACAAGCACCGUAUUAAAGAGCUGCAGCAGAUCACCAAGCUGUCUGUUGCUGGUGAUGUCACCCUCACUAGUGUCAUGCCUUUCAUGAUCUAAGCCAAGCCUUUGGCCCAGUGCAGCCUAGUGAUCAAUAUCCCUGUAAAACUGAUCGUUGUUUUCUAAAAAAAAGAUAUAUUAAAUAUACUGUACUAUAUUGGGUAGUAACUAAUAAAUAAAACUUUUAAAGGCUAA